ACAACUAUCCGUGGGGCGGCAAGGAAUUGUGCAAUGCCUUGCUGAGGGGAUGCGGAGCGCCCUGCUGCUGGGGCUGCAGGCAAGACACUGCUUUUCCCAGGAUGGGAAGGUCACAUUCCACUGUGACAUCGACCUGCGCAAUGCCAACUCGGCGUGGUCCCGGGAGAAGAGGGAGUGGUGCUGCGAGAAGGAGGGCGUUGCCUGUGAGGAAGACUUUCACUGCGAAGUUGCCUUGCGGAACCAUGCUCUCGCUUGGUCUUCAGCCAAGAAGAAGUUCUGCUGCAAGACAGCAGGCAUUGCAUGCGAGGGCCUGGAGUCCAUCUUCGUUUUGACCACUCAGCCUCAGGUGGACCCAGGCAAUCUCCUUGCACAAGCUCCGGUGAAGGAUUGGCCAGCGGCCGAAGGCGAGGGCAAGCUUGCAGAGGCUCCAGAUGAGGAGGUUAUUCAUGCCCUGUGACGACAUGGCCCGGCGGGGUCUCUUCAUUGGACGCGUCAGGCGGGAAGAGGGAGAGGCCUGCUGGGCAAUAUGUGGAGAGGAGAGAACUGGCGCAUGUGGCUGGCGCCUUGGCUGGCGCUGACCCUGCUGGUGGCGCUGCUCUUGACCGCCUACUGCCAGGCGCGCUGUGCGAAGAGGGACUCAGAGGUUCAGGACACCUGGGCCAACGGCAUUAUCUUGGGCAGCCAAGUGUCACAGGCGCUGCUGGUCGCGGCUGCGGUGCUCUGGGUGCUGCUGGCCGGUCCGGUUCUUCUCAUUUUCGACGCCGGGAGGCCGUCGGUUUGCUUCAAGGCCAUCCUAGCGGCGACCUUCUCCCUCCCGCAGCUGCCAACGCUCCCCGACAACAUCCAGCGGUGGCUCUGGUGGCUCGAGGAUUACAAGAGUUGCGUCCUGGGCUUCCUUGCAGCUCUGUUUUCUUGGUGGACCCAGGAGGUCAAGGGCCGAUGCUGCCGUGGGGACUUCCCCCCGAAGGACUACGCGGAGCACCGGCCCCUCAGUGGGAAGCUAGACCUCACGGACGCGGAGCAAAGGCAAGCCUCCAAUGAAGUGCACUGGAUCCGCUUUUUGAUGCAGCAAUCUUCGUUUUUUGGUACCUGGUUCUCUGUGGACUCUCUUUGUCAAGGCAGACCCUUCCUAACUCUGGCAGCCGCCUGUGGCUCACUGGCGACAGCCCGCUGGAGCUCAGGGCUCUAUGUAAACUUGGUGGACCUUAAUGGCAGGCAGAGGCGCUUGCAGUGCACCUGGGCGUCCGAUACGGUCACCUUGUUCAAACUCUCCUGGGAGCCCGGCCUGGGCUUUCCGUGCAACGAGCUCUACGCAAAGUGCGGCUUUCAGGCAGCCACAGAGUGCAGCAUCCUCGUGUACAUCACCGUUUUCGCCAUGGUGGCUGGGGACGUGAUCACCUGGGCUGAUCUCGUGCUGCCGCUUUGGACUGCCUUGUUGGCUUUGCGGGCGGUGCGCACGGGCAUAGGUCGCUGCUUCGAGAUUGCGUCUGCCGAGUUGGCCCGGCGCGCAACGCACAAGGGCCUACAGGGCAUUGGCGCAGCAACGGCGCCCUCGCAUGCCAACGACCAGUGCCCAACCUGCCAGAAUCGGUACAUGGCGGACUCCAAGUACUGCCGCAGAUGUGGCACCAAGCGGUCAAGCCAGGAGCAGGUGCUCAGCCAGGACGCCGCUUACUGCGCCUCGCUGAUCCAGUUCCAGGAUUUCUCUGCGCGUCAGACGAUGGCAUCAACACGGCUCAAGGCCGUCAGCGUCGCCUUUCGCUUGUGCGAGGUGUUGCCCGUGGCCGUCGGCUUGGCCUUGUGGUGCGAGAGCGGGCAGCUGUCCAGUGGCUACCUGGUUGGCCUGCUUCCGGCAGUCACCUGGGAGCUGAUUCAUCCCCCUGUUAGGCAGACCCACGGCUUCCGGCUGUGGGCUUGCGCGGAGCGCACGUUCGAGUGCCUGCUGUGGCCAAUCUACAGCACCUUUGUGCCCCUGCACUUGGCGGACCCCACGCGGGAUCACAACGAGGAGGAGGCUGUGCUGGACCACCUGAUGCUGCCCGCUUGGUGCGGCCUUCGCACCCUCUACAUCCUCAUCCUUUGGGUUUGGGCAUGCUUCAAUUCGGAGAGCUUCCCUGAGCUGCCCGAGUUCUUGAGCUGGAAUGAGCUGAAAGAUCCUCGGCAGUGGCAGCUGCUGCUGGCAUGGUGCUGGGUUGUGGCUGGGGCGCUUGCAGCACUGCUUUUUCCCAUCCUCGCCGUGCGGGUGCACAGCAACAGGGAGCGGUGGGCGGAGAAGGACUGGAAGGCCUUCGUUCGGCAUCAGGUGGAUGCCUGGCAGACGGUUCAGGAGGUCUCAACGACGCCGGCGAUGUACAAUCUCAGGGACUACGAAGACGAGGCAGUGGAGGGCGACCCCAUCGACGAUGACGAUGUGCUGGGCUUAGUCCAUGGCUUCUGCAGUGGCCAAGCCAUGGAGAAGCAUCAUCUCCUGGCGUUGGAUCCCCAGAAGAAGAAGCAUCUGAAGCAGCCCACCCAGGAGCGCCUUCUGUCUGUGGGCAAGGGCAAGGCAUCGUCUUCGGUCAAGCCCAGCGAGGCAUCCUCAGCGAAACCGAAGCACUUGCAGCAGGUGCUGGACCUCAGGCUGCCCCAGCUCUUUGAGGCGAAGCAGGAUGUUGCGGUGCAGCUACGGGUGGACAUGGAUUUCAUUGAGUCCGAGUACACAAGCAAAGCUGAUGUGUCUCUGGAGGAUGGCUUCAAGUACGGCUACGUGGAAGUGGAGGGAGGCGGUCUUGCACUCCAUGUCUGGAAGGACCAGCAGCUGGAGCCCAAAGUCAAGCUCUUGGCCCUGAGGGGCAAACAUCAGUUCAGCGUGGCAGCGGCUUCAGCAGCCUCCGACUUUGCGGCCUUGCACCAGAGCAAUGCGGGGCACUACACCUUGAUGCAAGAGUCCAGGGGUGUGAAGCAUCCUUUGAUUCAUUUUGAGGUCGAUCCUGCAGCCUUCCGGCGAGAGCGCCGCAUUGUGGCCUACGCCUUCGUCACGGAUCCGAGCACGCAGAAGCGGCACAUCAAGCAGGACUUGCAACUGGCGGAGGCUGGAAAAGACUUCAUCAGCGGGGCCUGGAAGUUCCGCGCCAUGCCCGCCGUGGACGCUGUGCUGAUGUUUUCCUGCAUGCUGACCAUUGCAGUCUAUCACUACUGAUGGCACCGGGGGAAUACAUCCGCUCAAGCGCAAACGCGCUUACCACCGGCACGCAUGGCUUUGCCUUUCCUGAC